UGUUUUUAGUUAAAGAGAAUGUAUAUUCCAACAUGAACAAUAAUAGUUGCCGUGUAUAAAUAAAUGCAUAAUUAAUGAAGCGCUUAUCAUUCAUUUUAAGGAAUAUUGUCCCGAAGUAGUCCAGCAGCAAAGAGCCACCCUUGGUAGGGUCUGGUUUUCUGAAAUGGGGCGGCAAAACAACUACGUUAAAUUGACACCCACUCGACCACCGCACCCAUAUAUACCCUUCUUCCAAGGAUUAUCUUCAAAAACAAAGGCUGUAAUCCAAGCUUCUAUUCAGUUUUGUAAGAGCUAUGGCUAAGGCAAUUGAGGUUGGUGGUGAGUUCCAGGCCAAGGACUACCAUGAUCCUCCACCCGCUCCAUUGGUAGACGCUCAGGAGUUAGCCAAGUGGUCUUUUUACAGGGCUGUCAUAGCUGAGUUCAUUGCCACUCUCUUCUUUCUCUACAUCACUGUCUUGACUGUGAUCGGUUACAAGACCCAGACCGACCUUGCUAAGGGCGGUGAAGAUUGUGGAGGCGUUGGCAUUCUCGGCAUUGCUUGGGCUUUUGGUGGCAUGAUUUUUAUCCUUGUUUACUGCACUGCCGGUAUUUCUGGGGGACACAUCAACCCAGCAGUGACCUUUGGACUUUUCUUGGCUAGGAAGGUGUCGUUAGUUCGAGCCAUAUUUUACAUGGGUGCUCAGUGUUUGGGAGCCAUAUGUGGAUGUGGGCUGGUCAAGGCCUUCCAAAACUCAUACUACAACCAGUAUGGAGGAGGAGCCAACAGCCUGGCUGAAGGAUACAGCACUGGAACUGGUUUGGCGGCUGAAAUCAUCGGCACCUUUGUCCUUGUCUACACUGUUUUCUCUGCAACUGAUCCCAAGAGGAAUGCAAGAGACUCCCAUAUCCCUGUCUUGGCACCACUUCCCAUUGGGUUUGCUGUGUUCAUGGUUCACUUAGCCACUAUUCCCAUCACCGGAACCGGUAUCAACCCAGCUCGUAGUUUGGGGGCUGCUGUUAUCUUCAACCAGGACAAGAUAUGGGAUGACCAUUGGAUAUUCUGGGUAGGACCUUUCAUUGGAGCUGCAAUUGCCGCAAUCUAUCACCAGUUUGUAUUGAGGGCAUCGGGUGCUAAAGCUCUGGGAUCCUUCAGGAGCAGCUCUGCCAUGUAAAAUAUGUUGAAGCAAGAAUUGUGCAGCCAUAAGUUCAAAGUAAAUUAAGGCUGGCAUGCAUGGAUGAAUGAAAUGAAGUUUUCUUCAGACCGUUGAAUUUGUAAAGAAUAAUCAAAGUGUAAUGCUUCUUCUCUAUGUAUCUGGCACUUAUUUUUAACGUGCCUCAAACUUUGCUUUAUCUAAAUGGAGUUCAGUUCCAUUUCCUAAGAAUAUGGAAAAUAGAUUUGAGUUGUCUACAAA